CCAUCGCGUGCCAUGCCAACGGAACCAUCCCCGGGGGGGUGCCGUUGUUGAAACGGAUUCGAUUUUUCAGUCUGAGUGCAACCGUCCAGCCAAAUGGUGGUUCCACUGCGAUUUUCCGCAACUUGCCGUAGUAGCUAUUCCGUUCUCCGUUGUGCAACCGAUAGUGGCAUCCGGACUUCCACCGGACCAGCGCGAUGGUUUUCAUCGACUGGCGGCGGAUGUGCCGCAAAAAGCGGAACGUUCCUCAGGGCGGUGCUAUCCUGGAUCAAGUGAUUUCCCAGUCGGCCAACGCGUCCAACCAGUGCCUGCUGUACAAGAUGGCGAACUACAAGCGCGGCGGAGAUCUGAUCGAUGCUUUCCAGGUCGGUGGGCAGAAGGCUGUCGAGCAGCUGAUUCGCGAACAGUUUGGAGUGUUUAUGUACAACAGCGGGCGUGGGCAGAUUAUUAAUCGGGCGGAGUAUUUGCGUUGGAAGUAUAUGGACAACCAUGAGGUUGUUAUACCAAUUGAGGCGUCGCUGUCACCGCACGAUCCACUGGGGAAGUGGGUCGAUCAUAAGGCCUGCUGGCAGAUGCAAUACCGUGGAUUGCUAGGCGAAAGUUUGCUACAUGUGUUGAUCAUCUGCGAUACGAAAAUUCACACCAAGUUGGCCCGUAUCCUGCUGCGUGUGUUCCCGGAGCUGUCGAUCGACGUGAUGGAAGGCGAGGAGUACCUGGGCGCUAGUUCACUCCACCUGGCGAUCGCGUACAGCAACAACGAGUUGGUGGGCGAUCUGAUCGACGCCGGAGCGGACGUGUCCCAGCGCGCCAUCGGACGGUUCUUCCUUCCGCGCGAUCAGCAAGGGCUGAAACCGGUCAAGAACACCGACUACGAAGGGCUGGCCUACUUUGGUGAGUAUCCGUUGGCGUGGGCCGCUUGCUGCGCCAAUGAAUCCGUGUACAACCUUCUGCUGGAAUGCGGAGCGGAUCCGAACGCCCAGGACAGCUUUGGGAACAUGAUUCUGCACAUGGUGGUCGUCUGCGAUAAGUUGGACAUGUUCGGUUAUGCCCUGCGACAUCCGAAGCUGCCGUGCAAGAAUGGAAUCGUUAAUGAAUCGGGUCUCACUCCGUUAACGUUGGCAUGUCGGCUUGGUCGAGAUGAGGUUUUCCGUGAGAUGUUGGAACUAUCGGCGAGGGAGUUCUGGCGGUACAGCAACAUCACUUGUUCGGGAUAUCCGUUGAACGCUUUGGACACGUUGAUGCCCGACGGGACUACCAAUUGGAAUUCGGCGUUGUUUAUUAUUCUCAACGGAACAAAGGAGGAACAUUUGAAUAUGCUUGAUGGAGGCAUCGUGGAGCGUCUGUUGGACGAGAAGUGGAAAACAUUCGCCAGGAAUCAGUUUUUGAAGCGAUUGUUGAUUUUGGCUCUGCAUCUGUUUUGUCUGUCAUGUUCGGUUUAUUUGCGACCUGCGCGGGUAUUCAAGGAAGAAAGCGAGGAGGGUAGUGACGGAGGAGACGGUUCCGUUCAGGGAAUAGCUGCUCCGGAUGGUGCCGACGGUGACGCGGAGGAAACCGAUUUGACGACCUGGUUCCGGUAUGGUUUUGAAAUCGCAACCGUGAUGGGAGUGCUGAGCUACGUAGUUCUGCAACAGGGUGAUGAGAUCAAGAAUCAGGGAUUGAUUUCGUUCAUCAAAUCAUUGGGAAAUGCACCAGCGAAAGCAAUCUUCCUGAUCUCAAACCUGAUGAUAUUGGCUUGCAUCCCGUUCCGUAUGAUGGGUGACGUGGAACACGAAGAAGCCAUAUUGUUGUUUGCCGUCCCCGGCUCUUGGUUUUUGUUGAUGUUCUUCGCUGGCGCCAUCGGAUUGACAGGUCCCUUCGUUACCAUGAUCUUUUCCAUGAUCACCGGUGACAUGUUCACAUUCGGUAUUAUCUACAUGAUCGUGCUGUUUGGGUUUUCUCAGGCAUUUUACUUCCUGUACAAAGGACAUCCGGAAGCGGAGGAGUCUCCGUUCGGGAGCUAUUUCGGUACAUGGAUGGGUCUGUUCCAAACAACUCUUGGCGAUUACGAUUACGCUGACUUGAACCUAACGACGUAUCCAAACCUGGCAAAAACGGUCUUCAUCAUCUUCAUGAUCUUCGUGCCGAUUCUGUUGUUGAACAUGUUGAUCGCUAUGAUGGGCAACACCUACGCAUACGUUAUUGAGCAAGCCGAGAAGGAAGGUAUGAAACAGUGGGCUAAGAUUGUGGUCAACCUGGAGCGGGCGGUCAAACAGGAGGACGCCAAAAAGUACUUGGAGGAGUAUUCUAUCGGAUUGGGACCAUCGGACGAUCCCAGAUAUGAGAUCCGUGGAGUCAUGGUGAUCAAGAGCAAAAGUAAGACUCGUGCUAAGCAGCGCAAGGGUGCGGUAAGUAACUGGAAAAGCGUUCUGCGUGUUACGUUGAAUGAGUUGAAAAAACGAAGCAUGACUGGCGAGGAGCUGCGACGCAUCAUGUGGGGACGAUCUUCAAUCACCUCCCCGGCCAAAAUCUCCAAGAAGAAAAAGAUUUACGAGGAUGAAGAUCCAUUCGCAAUCACCAACGCCAUCGAUGUGAUGACCUUCACGCAAGACAUAGUGAUGGUGAGUACCGAACCGAUCGCUCCUCCAACAAUCGACCCAACCAAACCGAAACCGGCAACCAUCGUCCCUAAGCCUCAAACCGCACCAACCGCGCAACCGAUUCCGGAGAUUCCUCCUCAACCGCCUUUAGUCAAACGGCAAUCCGUGGUUAGCGCUCCGCCAGCCUACGACGAUUUUCCCCCGAUGAAGGACUACAAAGAUCCCCUGCGGGAGCUGGUCCUGAUCUCGGAAUCACCCACGGUGGAUGAACACUACGCGCAGAACUGCAAAGCUCUGGCGAACGAUGCAUCCACCCUGGACCACGUGCACGAGAUCAACCUAACCAAGCAGACCCAGCUCCGGCAGGAGGAACAGAAGCAACAACAACAGCAGACCUUGGGUCAGUUGAAUCCCUUCCUGGAAGCGAAGGACGUUGUCGAUCCGGUGAAGGAGCGUGAGUUCCUCAAAACGCUAGAAGCUCUGGAGGACACCGAUAGUGAAGCGGCCGAAAAGCCGGUCCUUGGAAAGAUCUCGCUGAUCCGACGGGCCAAAUCAGCCGUCUCGAGAACCACCUCCAGGAAGAAGAAAACCGACCAGCAUCCGCUGUUUAUGAUCGCUUGGGACGAUAAGAACCUAACCCGAGCCCAACCGGAGGAUUUCGGAGCGCUGAACACGGCCUACGAGUAUUGUGCCGAAGAUUUGAAGCACGACGUGGACGAGGAAGCGAAGGAGGAAGAAGAUGAGGGUGUGACGGUGGAGGAGGUGCACCGCCGCAUGGAGCAGUUCCAUCUGCGCGGCCGGGCUUCCCUGGAGCGGGACAGCAACUCGACCGAGAGUAGCAAGAAGCAGAAAAAACGGAACGGCGUGGGGCGGGGCCGGAACAACAAGGUUUCACCGGAUACGUCCAAUGAGAGUGUCAACGGGAAGAAGGACAAGCGCAUGAAGUCGGCACCGACGGGAAGCGGACCUCGUCAUCGGCAGCUCAUGGGGCACGAACCGGGCGACAGUUCCCCGCCGGAUCCACUGGAACCGUGGAGCACCCGGGACAUUUGCAAUAUUAAUAAACUUUUGGACACCGACACGCAGGAGGAGUGAAGCGUCGUCGGUGGAAUAAUUUAGUGGCAUUGCUGUGUCGGUAGAUUGUUGUUUGGUAGCAAUAUUUCGAUGGAAAUAAUGAAGUUCUUUGAAUAUCUUUGUGUCUGCACGUUGAAUAGAUUCACUUACACG